CUGUCGGUUUACGUGCCAACUUUCCAAAGCGCUCCCGCGGUUACGCGCUCUUCUUUGCUUCUCCAACAUUGUUUUUUUUCCCUUUUUUCUUUUUUUGGUUUGUUCAAAUCAUAUAAUAACCUUAAUUAUCAAUCUUAGUUCUGGGACAUUGUGAAAUUUCUUUCGACUUUCUACAACCAUCACACUCUCUGGUACACUCUGGGCACCCCUCUUUCCUCUUCUCUCUCCGAUCCUUUUUCACUGUUGAUGAUUUGAUGAUGUCUUUUAUCAUGAUCUUGCUCUGAAAAAUUCUGGGCAUGAAAUGAAAUGCUAAAUGCUGAGUGUGUUUUGUUUGGGGAUUUUGAUCGGGAGCCCUAGAUCUUUUAUUCACCCUCGAUACUAAUUACUGGGAUUCUUGAAUUUUUUGGUCAUCUGGUUCUGUCGGCGAUCCCUAUCCUGUGUGGGUUGUUAUCAGGCGGAUUGUAGGGGUUGAGUAUGGAAAAUCUGCGUCGUAUUUUCUGUCGUACGCGCCCGAAAUUUCGUGGAAGUUUCAAUGGAGUCUGCGUCUUGGUUUUGAUUUUCUUGUUUUUCAACAAAGAGGAGAUUCUUCAGACCCCAUACUCGAAGAAGCCCUUUUCAAAUCUUCCCCAGGAGAGCAGCUUCACAUAUGAUUCUCUUGAAAACCCGAUUUCUCGGCGGAAACUUUAUCAGAAUAGUGUCGUUAUCAAAUCGUCGAACGACAAUUUGAUCACUGACGGGGGGUUAGAGAGCGAUGAUUUCCAGUCGAAUAGAGAGCCAGCAAUUUGCACUGAAAUCUAUCAACAUAGGGGUUAUAAUUCCAAAUGCGACUACUUGAGAGCCAACCCGGAUUGUAAUUCAGAUGGAAUUUUCAAUUACAUUCUGUUCUUUUACUGUGACUGCGAAAAUAUUCAGCCCUUGGGGUAUUUUGUUCUGGCCAUUUGGUUGCUUGCUUUGUUCUAUUUGCUGGGGAAUACUGCAGCUGAUUACUUUUGUUGUUCUCUAGAGAAGCUUUCCAAUUUGCUGAAAUUGCCCCCUACAGUUGCAGGAGUGACUCUGCUUCCUUUGGGGAACGGGGCGCCCGAUGUGUUUGCUAGUAUUGCUGCUUUUGCGGGCAGGAACUCCGGUGAUGUGGGCCUCAACAGUGUGUUGGGCGGAGCUUUUUUCGUUAUUUGUAUUGUCGCCGGGACUGUUUCCCUGUGCGUAGCUGAGAGAAAUAUACAGAUUGAUAAGAAGUGUUUUAUAAGGGACGUGACAUUUUUCCUCAUUGCGCUUGUGUCGCUCUUAGUAAUCUUGGUAGUUGGCGAGGUGAGUGUCGGAGGUGCUAUUGCAUUUGUUUCCAUUUAUGUGGUUUAUGCCUUGUGUGUUGCUGUGGGCGAGUUGCUGAGGAAGCAUGGCAGGAGGUUGAAGUUGGAGACCUUCUUGCCUUUAUUACCCGUUACCGGAAGUGCGUUGUCUGGUGGAAAUGCUGUUGGUGAAUUUGACUCUACUCCUCUGCUUUACUCUGAUACGGGGGACGGUGUACCACAUCUCCAAGCAAAGCUGCCCCAUUGGAUGUGGGCAUCAAAUGUGAUGAUUUAUUCCAACGAAGCGGUCAAGACGAGUGAUGAUGAAAGUCCCAAAUACUUGUGGGGUUGGAGUGAUGAGGAGAUGGCUAGUGAACCGUCAUCUUUCUCCUGUUCUAGUCUGUGUGCAUUGCUUGAAAUACCACUGGCGAUUCCUCGCAGGCUGACCAUUCCUAUUGUCGAGGAGGGGAGGUGGUCAAAGACAUACGCUGUAGGUAGUGCUUCCCUUUCACCCCUUCUUUUAGCCUUUCUCUGGAGCACUGCAGAUAGCGACAGCCCUACAUCUGAAGGGAUUCUAUAUCUCACCGGUGCUAUAAUUGGUGGUAUUCUUGGUCUCCUUGCAUUUAUAUACACCAGCACUGAUCAUCCACCUCGGAAAUUCUUAUUCCCCUGGGUCCUGGGGGGUUUCGCAAUGAGUAUCAUCUGGUUUUACAUGAUUGCAAACGAGCUCGUCUCAUUGCUCGUCGCAUUCGGUGUCAUACUUAGAAUCAAGCCGUCUUUGCUGGCAUUGACUAUCUUGGCGUGGGGAAACUCAAUGGGUGAUCUGAUGUCAAACGUUGCCAUUGCUCUGAACGGGGGGCACGGUGUGCAGAUUGCUAUGUCGGGAUGCUACGCGGGGCCAAUGUUCAACACUCUGGUUGGUUUGGGUAUCUCUCUGCUCCUUGGAGCUUGGUCCCAUAAACCAGCAUCUUACAUCGUCCCGAGAGACAUCAGCUUGUAUUCCACUCUCGGUUUCUUGAUUUUAGGUCUCGUUUGGUCGCUCGUUGUGUUGCCACGAAAUGGAAUGCGGCCAAGCAAAUUGUUGGGGGUGGGCCUAAUGGCCAUCUACUUGGGCUUUCUGACUCUCAGAGCCACCAUUGCCAUGGGUGAUGGAUCACUUAAUGUUUCCCGUUGAUUACAGUAUGAGUUACAUAGUGUAAUAUUUGACUAGUAAAGUUAGAUAUGAAAUAGAUUUAGGUGAAACUGAAAAGCUGUUAGUUUGCUUUGGUCUCAUGUUGUAAGAAAGCUUGUAAAGUGCAGUAUCUAUGACUGUUAGGCACCAUAACAACCUUGUCCCACAAUGCAAGCUCAUAAGAUAUGAAGCUCUGUAUUUACUCUUUUACAUUGAGAAAAACUCUUAUUACUUUGAUGAUGGCACACACAUUCUUCAUUCAGAUA